CCAAACAAUAAAGAGAUGGUUAUUUCUCGCAGCUCGAUAUUUAUGCUCCUUGUUUUACUUCUCAUAUCGUAUGUUCUGCUAUUGUUAGGGACGAACUGUGAUGCGAAGAAGAAUCAUCUGUGCACUCCUUCAUCUUGCGGUGAAAUCCGUAACAUAAGUUAUCCUUUUCGAUUGAAAGGUGAUCCAAAAGACUGUGGCAACUCUCGGUAUGAGCUAGCUUGUGAAAAUAACCACACUGUUCUAUAUUUAUAUGCUGGUCGAUAUUAUGUAAAGUCGAUUCAUUACGGUUCCUAUAUUGACCAAUAUAACUUCAGUGGUGAUAUCACGGUGGUUGAUGAUGGACUGCAAAAGGGUGAUUGCUCUUCCCUUCCUCGUUACUCAUUAGCGUCCUCCAACUUCAGUAUUUUUUAUCCAUAUAGAUUUCGAAAUGCCAAUACCGAAGUGGCCUUCAUGAAGUGCUCACAACCUGUUACUUCUACUUCGUAUAUUGAUACCAAACCAUGUAUUGAGGGCGCAUACUCUGCCGACACGCCUCCAUAUUUUUCCCAAAUGAAGGUGUACUCAUACGCUGUACAGCAAUUACAAGUAGGGGAUAUCAAGGACUCUUGCACUGUAACCAUGAUGGCAUUCGCAUCGGAUCAAAUCUCAAGGUGGAAAGGGGAUCAGUAUGGGAGCUUACCAUACAAGGACCUCCACAACAAGAUGGUCGAGGGAUUCAAUCUCUCCUAUCCGCCCGACAAUUCUUGGAAAAGAUUAUUUCCAUGUCACUUCUUAGGUUUUGGAUUCCGAAGGGAGUACUGCGGCUAUUAUAUCAUCACCCCUACUUCUGCGCGGGCCAAGCGUUGGUACGCGGAACUUGCAGGUUCGCGCCUCGCCUUUUUCUUGGCCAACUACGUCGCAUACAAAUUCAUACUCGGAGCUCCAUGUGUGUUGAUAUUUCUAAUCUAUAAGUGGAUGAGAAGGCAUCGGGCGAUCGACGCAAACAUUGAAGAAUUCCUACAAGUUCACAACAACUUUUCGCCCAUAAGGUAUUCUUACUCGGAUGUCAAGAAGAUUACAAAAAAUUUCAAAUGCAAAUUAGGUGAGGGGGGAUAUGGCUCUGUGUAUAGAGGAAUCCUUAGAAGUGGCAAUGAAGUUGCGGUUAAGAUUUUGAACAAACCAGAAUCUAAUGGCCAAGAUUUUAUUAGUGAAGUGGCCACAAUUGGAAGGAUCCACCACAUCAAUGUAGUGCAACUUGUUGGUUUUUGCUUCGAUUACUCCAAACAAGCUCUGGUCUACGAUUUCAUGCCGAAUGGCUCUUUGGAUAAACACAUUUCGAAUAAGAAUGGUGAUGAUCCUCUUGAUUAUAAGAAAAUGCAUGAGAUCUCUCUUGGCAUAGCUAGAGGGAUGGAGUAUCUACAUCGGGGAUGUGAUAUGCAAAUUCUACACUUUGAUAUCAAGCCUCACAACAUUCUCCUAGACCAAAGUUUCACUCCAAAAAUUUCUGAUUUUGGACUUGCAAGACUUUAUCCCAUCGGUCAUAGCAUAGUAUCGUUAACUGCAGCAAGAGGAACCUUGGGGUAUAUGGCGCCUGAGCUAUUCUACAAAGACAUUGGUGGCAUUUCUUAUAAAGCCGAUGUUUACAGUUUUGGGAUGAUGUUAAUGGAAAUGGCCGGUAGAAGGAGAAAUAUAAAUGCACAUGCAGAGCAUUCAAGUCAAAUUUACUUUCCUUUGUGGGUUUAUGAUCAACUCAGCAAAGAAAAGGAGGUUGAGAGGGUAGAAGUCAUAGAAGAGGAAAGAGAAACAAGGAAGAUGAUAAUCAUUGCGCUAUGGUGCAUACAGCUGAGCCCUAAUGAUCGGCCGUCGAUGAGGAAAGUUCUAGAUAUGCUUGAAGGAGAUAUUGAUAAACUGCAACUACCUCCAAAACCGCUUUUAUAUCCGACAGAGGCACCAAUUGAUGAUGACAACAAUGAGAUAGAACUUGAAAUGGUCUCAUCUUCAUCAAGUGCUCCAAUUAUUUCUGGCAGUUACCAAUUUGACCACAAUAAUGAGUUUAUGAAAUCAUGUAUUGUGUGAUUGUUCUCCUCUUGUAGAAAUGAGAUACGAUAUAUAAUUAACACUAUCAGCAUGUACCAUCAUUGAUAAUGUAAUCUCUGAAGCUUUUACAUGUUUUUCAUAUAGCAUCGGUGUUUUCUAUUAAACUCAUUAUGUCCAUAUUUUAUAAAUGACAAUGAAUGCCGUAUGGCAUUCGUUAUAA